AUGGUCUUUGAAGCCGUUCGUGGUAGCAGUUUCCGAGGUGACAUCGCUUUGGAUGACAUUUCAUUUACCGACGACGCUUCGGCGUGUCCCGUAUUUCCGACGGGAGCUGGAAGUGUCAACCCCGUUACAAUUCCACCAACACUGCCUACCACUCAUGGUCCUACGUCAG